CGGUCGGAGCAUGAUGAAAAACGUGAAGAAGACGGAUAAAUUUAUAUCGAUACGGCUAGCGAGGUUUCUCAUGAAGGUUAUCGGUUUCUGGCCCGCCAAGUCGAAAACUGAGGAACGAUUAUUGAAUGGAAUUUUGACUUAUACAAUAUGCAUGGUUGUCAUGGCUUUGUGGAUAGAAGCAACCGAAUUAUACCUAGGUAAAGGUGACUUUUAUGCCAUCACGUAUACUUCUUGCAGCUCUAUGCCGGUAAUCAUAAUUUUGAUGAAGAUAUUUUUCUUUCUUCGUCAUCGAAAAGAAAUGUUGAAUAUGCUGAGAUAUACGGAGGAUAAUUUUUGGUACGCCCAAUACGACGAGUACGGCAGCAAGGUUAUGGAAAAGAUUAAUAAAAAGGGAAUUAUAUUAAUGUGCACGUUUACGUUCUUCGUACAAGGAACCGUUUUCACCUAUUUGCUGUCUCCUAUAAUCGGUAUCCUGAAUCUAAAUUUACAUCGCCAAUUUAGUAGAGAAUAGAAUAUACGAACGGUACAAAUCUUAGUUCAGAAAAUAUCGGGAGAAACGAGAGCGACAGAAUGCUUAUUUUUAAUCUCUGGAUCGGAAUUCCGACAACCGUCUCGCC